AUGCCUUGCCAUCCAGGAGACCAUGUCCAUCGCGAAGUUGGCACCGGCACUACACAGGAUCCCAAGAUCAUGUGGCUUGUACCCCCUCCUAAGAGUCAAACUCGAACUCUCGGUAACGAACAAGUUGCACGGGACCUGGGACGUGCUGGCUUCUCGCAUAUUUGGAUUAGGUAUGGUACAAUCUAUUGUGCUGGAAAGCAUUGA